AGGUAAGAAAACAGACCUUGCCUGCGCCCGCCUGGAGCCAGCGGUUCUCUAAGCACCCAGCAUCCAGCGAGACACGUCGCACACCGACAGAGGGGACAUGGGCAGAGCAAUGGUGACCAGGCUCGGGCUGGGGCUGCUGCUGCUGGGACUGCUCCUACCCACGCAGAUUUAUUCCAAUCAAACAACUGUUGUAACAGUUUCAAGUAACUCCUCCCAGAGUACUUCAACGGCCCCAAAUCCAGCUAAUGCCACCACCAAGGCGGUUGGUGGUGCCCUGCAGUCAACAGCCAGUCUCUUCGUGGUCUCACUCUCUCUUCUACAUCUCUACUGUCAAAAGACUCAGGCCAAGAAACAUCUAAACUUCCCCAUCUUCUACACCCAAUCCACAUGGCGUCUGGAAGUCCAAUGUGGCAAGGAAAAACAGGCUUCGUCGAAUCUACUAAUUCCACACCUUUUAUUGACACAGAAAAUGUUGAGAAUCCCAAAUUUGAUUGGUUUACAGAACAUGUGAGAGGUUUGACUAGAUGAUGGAUGCCAAUAUUAAAUCUGCUGGAGUUUCAUAUGCAAGAUGAAGGAGAGGCAACAUCCAAAAUAGCUAAGACAUGUUUUCCUUGAAUGUGGCUUAAGAAAUAUGGACACUUAAUACUAUCUUGAAAAUAAGAAUAGAAAUAAAGGAUGUGAUUGUGGAAUGGAA